CUAACUUUUCCAAACAAAACUAAAAUAAUAACGCCUAUUUUCGCAAUUUACAUAACCGAGAAAACUUUUUCGUGUCAUGUUAUAUAAAAGAAGUGAUACACGUCAACACCUCCAUUCAGAGUAAAUAUGGCUUCACCCCAAAUUCACACCAACGACGCAUUCCAAUACCAUUGGAUGGUUUGGAAAAUAACAGGCAUAAGGAAUCCAAACGGUUUUCCCAAAAGACUUUAUAUGUUAUAUGCUAUUUUGAUAAAUUUAUUUGUGACAAUUUUGUUUCCACUAACUCUUAUUUUGAAUCUUUUCCAUACGGAUGGACUACAAGAAGUCUGUGAAAAUCUCACAAUUACUAUAACGGACACCAUAGCGAAUUUUAAGUUCCUCAAUGUGUAUUUCGUUCGUUCUAAGCUACUGUCGAUCAAGGAUAUUGUAGACAAGCUUGAUAUUCGAGCACGGAAUAAGGCGGAUCAACAAAAAGUUCUUGGUGAAUCAGUGCGAAUAGCGCGGGCUACUUUCAAGAUAUUUUGGGGCCUGUAUAGUUUUGGAACGUUCUUAAGUUUAUGUAAAAUAGCAAUCAACAGCGAUAAAAGCCUCCUCUUUCCUGCCUGGUUCCCUUUGGAUUGGAGAAAUUCCACGCUACAAUAUUCAAUUGUUUUGGUAUACCAGUUCUUUGGCCUGGUUGUACAAGCUAUUCAAGAUGUGGCCAAUGAUUCUUAUCCUUCGGCGUAUUUGUGCAUCCUCACAGGUCAUCUUAGAGCACUGGCUCUGAGGGUGAAAAAAAUAGGAAAAAAAGGUAACGAUUUGGAAGCAAACUAUGCAAAGCUGAUUGAAUGCAUUAGAGAUCAUCAGGCCAUUCUGGAAUUACAUGUGACAAUUCAAGGAAUUAUAUCAACAGCUUGUUUAGCUCAAUUCAUUUGCUCCGGAUUGGUUCAGUGCACGGUUGGAAUAUACGUCCUGUUUAUUAUAGGAAAGAACGAGAUUUCUUCAUUGAUGUUGUCGGGAAUAUUUUUCUUCGCAGUUACUUUGGAAAGUUUCGUGAUAUGUUACUUUGGCCAUAAUUUGAAACAGGAAAGUGAGGAUCUAACAAAUGCUAUAUACGAUUGCAACUGGACGAAUCAGUUACCAAAGUUCAAAAAGACGCUUUUGUUUUUUAUGAUGCGGACACACAAACAUAAUGUUAUUUUGGCUGGGAAUUAUAUUCCUGUGGAUUUUCCAACAUUUGUGAUGAUAAUGAAGUAUUCUUAUUCGGUUUUUACUCUGCUUGUGCGGUUGAAAUAAAACUUCCACUUAUCGUUAGUGGAGUGACAUGAAAUAUU